AUGCAAGGCACACCUGAGAAAAUAUACGCUGUGGAGCACAUACCCGGAAAAGGCAGAGGCGUCGUUGCGCUUACGGACAUUACAAAGGGUACACGGGUCAUGUCUGAGAAGCCCAUCAUCACGAUAAGUCAAAACAUCACAUCCAUCCAACAGCUCCGCACUUGCAUUCUCGAUCAAGUCAGUUCUCUCAGCAAAUAUGACAGACAAGAAUUUUUUUCCAUGGCCAAUGUUUAUGGCGGCAUCAAUCCUUUGGAAACGUGGUACGGCAUCUUACGAACGAACGCACUGCCCAUGGGCCCAAACCUCGACACUGGAGGCAUCUUCUUGCAGGCAUGCCGCAUAAAUCACGCUUGCGACGGCAACGCGGUGCACUGUUGGAACGAAAAUCUCAACCAGCUCACAAUCCACGCUAUACGAGAUAUCCGUAAGGGGGAAGAAAUCACAAUAUCGUAUCUGGCCACCCUCCGGAAUCGCCAGGCGCGCCAAGACGAGCUUUUGCACAACUUUGGAUUUCUUUGCGCGUGUCAGCUGUGCUGCUUGCCGCUGGGGGAGAGCAAGUGCAACGACGCGGCCCUGGAUCGGAUCCACGCGAUUGAUGACAUCAUUGAAAAGCGCGGUAUUAAAGGCCUUGUCAAGCCUGCGCAGAAGAUGCUCAGCUACGUCGACGAGCAGGUUCGAAUCUGGAAGAAGACUACCAUAGCUGAGGGCGGUUUGACCCGCGCAUACCCCGAUGCCUUCCAGAUUGCGGUCGCGAACGGAGAUCUAGCGAGGGCGCGCGUCUUCGCCGAGAGGUGUUUGCGCCUGUACGAAACCAGCCUCGGAAACGACAGCCCCGAUGUAGCAGAGUACGGAGCGUUCGUCGUCAACCCCGCUACCCAUAAAUAUUAUGGCAUGUCCACGAAGUGGGCAACGACGGUGGACGAGAUUCCGUAUAGCCUGGAUACCCAGAGUUUCGAAGAUUGGCUUUGGAGGAGAUGA